UUCGAAAAAAUUUGGCGCGAGACGUCGAGCACUUGCGCAUGUGUCUUUGUCGGUCUUCUGAAAGAAAGGAAAUUUUGAAAGAUGACAGACAAGGAUCCCGGUGAGGGUUUUGAUGAUGCAGUUGAGGAGAGGGUCAUCAAUGAAGAAUACAAAAUAUGGAAGAAAAAUACUCCUUUUCUGUAUGACCUGGUCAUGACCCACGCACUGGAAUGGCCAAGUUUAACAGCACAGUGGUUACCUGAUGUCACACGACCAGAAGGAAAAGACUAUUCUCUUCACAGACUCAUCUUAGGAACACACACGACAAGCUCUGAUGAACAAAACCAUCUCCUGAUUGCAAGUGUUCAGCUACCCAAUGAUAAUGCCCAAUUUGAUGCAUCACAUUAUGACAGUGAAAAGGGAGAGUUCGGAGGUUUUGGAUCUGUAAGUGGGAAGAUUGAGAUAGAAAUUAAAAUAAACCAUGAGGGAGAGGUGAAUCGAGCGAGGUACAUGCCACAGAACCCAUGUGUCCUCGCCACCAAAACGCCAUCAAGUGAUGUACUGGUUUUUGACUACACAAAACAUCCCUCUAAACCAGAUCCAAGUGGAGAAUGUACUCCUGAAUUGCGUCUAAAAGGUCAUCAAAAGGAAGGAUAUGGAUUAUCCUGGAACCCAAAUUUGAACGGACAUCUGUUGAGUGCUUCUGAUGAUCAUACAAUAUGUCUGUGGGAUAUCAAUACAGCGCCAAAAGAGGGCCGAGUCAUAGAUGCACACACAAUUUUUACAGGCCAUACAUCCGUUGUAGAGGAUGUGGCAUGGCAUUUACUCCAUGAAAGUUUAUUUGGGUCAGUUGCUGAUGACCAGAAAUUGAUGAUCUGGGACACACGAUCAAAUGACACUACAAAACCAAGUCAUACGGUAGAUGCCCAUACUGCCGAGGUCAAUUGUCUGUCAUUCAACCCGUACAGUGAAUUCAUAUUAGCCACAGGGUCUGCAGACAAGACUGUUGCUCUGUGGGAUCUCCGAAAUCUUAAACUGAAAUUACAUUCAUUUGAAUCGCACAAAGAUGAAAUUUUCCAGGUCCAAUGGUCGCCCCAUAAUGAGACCAUCCUGGCGUCCAGUGGAACUGAUAGAAGACUUCAUGUUUGGGAUCUCAGUAAAAUUGGAGAGGAGCAAUCAGCAGAGGAUGCUGAAGACGGUCCCCCAGAACUACUGUUUAUUCAUGGUGGACACACAGCAAAAAUAUCGGACUUUUCGUGGAACCCCAAUGAACCCUGGGUAAUUUGCUCUGUAUCUGAAGACAACAUCAUGCAAGUAUGGCAAAUGGCCGAAAACAUUUACAAUGACGAGGAACCAGACACACCAGCCGGGGAUUUAGAACAGACAGCUUCCUAGAAUCUAACAAAAAUCAAACUGUUGUGAAUUUGUACUGUUCUUACAAAAAUGGACCAAAAUACUCUUGUGUGGAAACUAAUCAUGAACAAUAUAUUGAUUUUCUGCAUCUGGUAUGACAACGGAAAAGAAAAUUACGCAAAUGACUUCAGAAAUAUAACUUCGGCAUUGUGCUGCCAUUAAGUUUUGUAGUCUAGGUGAUAUCUUUCUGAGAUAUGAAGAAAUCAAUUAAGAGGCCGGUUAUCCUGGAGUGCUGUUUAUGUUUUGAGUGUACAAAUUGUAAUUUAUUUUUUGCUUGUAGGUCAUAUUAACAGACUUUUCUGUACAUCAGUACUCCCAAGAAAAUAUAUUGAUUAUGUACACAGAAAUGAAAGUUUUCAAAGUUAAGAAUUCAAUCAAUACAUGUGUAAUUAUAUUAAAGUUCAACUACUGAGUGCAUUCAAAAAUCAUCAGAUCUGUAGAAUUGUACCCCCUACUGGUACAUAUGGAGAAGUACACAAAUACAAUACAUGUAGUAUUUUAAGGAUUACUAGCAAGCUUGGUGCUGAUAGGAGGGCAUCUUUUCAUCUAGACUGUUUACCAAGCUUUUAGAAUAAGCCUUGAAAUGAUGCAUGUUAGAUUAAAUAUGCGUGGUGUGACAUUCAAGAUGGGCAAUAUCUCUUAACAUUCAUAUAAAGGAACAAUACGUUAGCAGACAACUUUUGUAGAAAAAUAUAAAACACAUUUUUGGUGCGUUUUAUAGAAAGCUAGUAAUGCUUUGAUGAUAAGUAGUUUAUUCAUAGUCAUUUAACCACUGAGAAUUGUAUGUGUUGAAGGGUGGGUGGGUUGUAUAUCACAGGUUGACAUAUCUGAAAGUAUUUUUUGAGACUUCAUCUGAUUUUCAUAUAAACCAGCUGACCAUGUGAAUACUGGCUAAUUUUGUACAUUAACAUUUCAUUCAAAUUGUCGGAUGUCGUGUAAUAUUUUACAUCAAAUAAAAAAAAAUGAAUGUA